UUCUUUUUAAAAACUCAAAUUUUUGAGGAUUCUUCGUCAAGCUGAUUAUGAUCUGUUUAUUAUAUUUUUCUAAUUAUUAUUGAAAAAAUCGAUUUACUGGCGUCAAAAUCAUUCCAAUUUUACAAGUGAAAGUGAACAUGAAACUUUAAUGUGUGCGAGUUACACGUCUUCAAAAGUGACCAUGGUGGAUCCCGGGUUGCAAAGUUACCCGGGAUUAAAUUGGAUGAGUGAACAUGGGCAGCAGUUUAAUAGUUAUCACCACAACGGUUAUAAUUAUGGGUAUAAUAAUUACUACGGUUACCCCGGCGGUAGUAGCGGAGAGCAUUAUUACCAUCACCACCACCACCACGUGGGUAAUAAUUACGCCAACGGACAGAAUGGAUACCCGGGUAGAAGUGGAGCUGAUUACGGAGAGGAAUUGGAGCUGACCACAUCUGCCUCCACGAUGGUGACUUCGCCCUCGUCCAACUCGUCCAUCUCACCGCUGAGAGAUGUCAAAUCGGAGAAGAAUAUGAGUCCGGAUGGAGAAAAGGAGGAUGUGGGCAGUACUCGGAUUGAAUACCCGCCAUGGCUAAAACGCGGGUCUUAUGGUUUGAAAAACACCACAUCGCCACGUUCGCCCUCUUCGGAGGAUAAUAUUUCGCCCUCGUCGUCAUCAAAACGAACCCGGCAAACGUACACGCGCUGCCAAACGCUCGAGUUGGAGAAGGAAUUUCACUUUAAUAAAUACUUAACGCGUCGGAGGAGACUUGAUUUGGCGAAAAUGUUAACUCUGAGUGAACGCCAGAUCAAAAUUUGGUUUCAAAAUAGGCGGAUGAAGGCCAAGAAGGAGGUCAAAGGUCACGUGGUUGCCAGUGAUCUCGUCCAACGACAUGGUAACACUAAUUCCGAAAGUAAUUCAUGUUAUGGAGAAGGAACUUCUUCGUGGUAGGGAAAAGUGAGAGAGAGAGAGAAACCUUGUAGUUAAAAAUAUAUAGUUUUA